AUGUUAAGUGAUGGGAAGCAACACUGUUCCAUUAUUGCUCGUUCUUUCCCCUUACGUCAAGAAGAAUUGUCGGGGCUUGGUAGCGUGGGAAUUACACUCAAUAUGAAUGGGCUUGAGCCAAUGACGAACUCGACAGAGGAUACAGAGGCUAGUGAAAGAGCACGACAGUUUCAGCUGGGUCUCUACGCACACCCUAUCUACACUCAGAGUGGUGAUUACCCGGCAGUGGUGCGACAGCAAGUGGAUGGCAACAGUGAGGCUGAAGGACGACCCCGGUCAAGGCUGCCAACAAUCACACAGGAAGAGGUAGAGUACAUCAGGGCCGUUGUUUCCGCACAGACAGCCACUAAUCGAUUCCCCGAUGACUUCAUGUUUGGAGCUGCAACAUCCGCAUAUCAGAUCGAAGGAGCCUGGAAUGAAGAUGGCAAGGGAGAGAGCAUCCAGGACAACUUCUUCCACAACCAUCCGCUAUUCAUUCUAGAACAGAACGGGGACGUUGCCUGCGAUUCUUACCAUAAGUACAAGGAAGAUGUUCAGAUGCUGAAGGCGCUCAACGCGGACGUGUAUCGAUUUUCCAUAGCCUGGCCACGAGUGUUGCCUAACGGGGACCUCGACGUCAUCAACCAGGCUGGUAUCGACUACUACAACAACCUUAUCAACGAACUGCUCGCCAACGGAAUUCAGCCUCUGGUAACAAUGUACCACUGGGACCUCCCCCAAGCACUGCAGUACAUCGGAGGCUGGUCCAAUGAGUUGCUGGCCGACUACUUCGUUGAAUACGCCAGGAUACUCUUCGAGAACUUCGGAGAUAGGGUGAAAUGGUGGAUCACAUUCAACGAGCCCCAUCAGUUCGUGGAAGGCUACGCGGUGCCGUGGGGUGCACCAGGUCAGCGUGCUCCGGGAAUCGGCGACUACCUGGCCACACACACCGUCAUCAAAGCUCACGCCCGGGUCUGGCACCUCUACGAUGAGCAGUACAGAGCCACACAGAACGGUAGCGUGGGAAUUACGCUUAAGAUGGAUUGGCCUGAACCAGAGACUAACUCGACAGAGGAUGCAGAGGCAGCUGAAAGAGCACGACAGUUUGUGAUGGGUAUGUUUGGUCAUCCUAUUUACAGUAAGGAUGGGGAUUACCCAGCUGUUGUUCGACAGCAAGUGGAUGCCAACAGCAAGGCUGAGGGACGGCCCCGAUCAAGGCUACCAACCUUCACACAGGAAGAGAUCGAGUACAUUAGGGGUGAGUAA